CUCUCUCUCUCUCUCUCUCUCUCUCUCUCUCUCUCUCUCUCUCUCUCUCUCUCUCUCUCUGGACUUGAUCUUCUAGAAGAGAGGUAUGAGUGUUAGCGGGUGAACAGCUGAAGCACAGAAUCUUUGGAGUCACAACAGACCAUUCAGCACUAAGACCCAAUUAUGGCACACUGACAUUGAUACCUGUAUUUACUCAUAGCAUCUAUGGCUUCUAAAGACAACCAAAUUGUCUGCUGCUUCCUGCUGUGGUCUGUAACAUGGACUUUGGUUUGGACAUUUACACCAGAAGAAGAAGGGUCUUCUGUGAGUCUGCUACGUAACACAACCGCGACACCUUCCACUGAGACCAGGAUGAACAGCACAGAGUUCCCCUCUAGUAACUACACAGGUCUAAGCUGUACUUUACUGCUGCCCCCUCGGCGAGGUUCUUUCUAUGUAGAGACGGGCACUGAAAUGUCUCUGGGUACAGUGUUGGUAUUUUGGUGUCUUGAGGGAUACCAGCUGGUGGGCAGUGAGAAAAUAUCCUGUGUGCUGCGGAGCAACAUCCCUCAAUGGAGCAACUACCCACCCGAUUCGAUUCCCAAACCAGAGGAUCGCGGUCUGAAAGUGGCUGUGCUUGCAUCGGUGGUGAGCAGCAUCGUCAUCUUUGCCAUGUCCGUGUCCUUCAUCAUUUGCUGCCUGCAAGAGCGUCUGAGCAAAGACAGGACUGAACGGACAGACAGCCGGAGUAGGAUGAGAGACAUACGCAAGUUUUCAAGGAGGAGUGAGUGCUGGUUGGAACGAGAGGAAGGCGACUGGGAAGCUUUUCCUCCACCCAAAAUUUACAAUCUAUCCCAGCACUUUGACCCCCAUCUGUCCCUUGACAGCUCAGUUUAUAUAGGAGGUCUGACUGGUUAUGAUAACCGUGGAUAUCAGAGAAGUCAAGAAAACCUUUUAAAGGCUCCGCUUCCUGGUCUUUAUCGGUCUGAGAGUCAGGUGUAUCCACAUGUUGUCCUGCAGAGGGUGCCUACACCUACAGCUCCCACCGGGCCACCUGCACCCAGUGCACCUGUGUACCUCCAUCUCUCCACCCCUUCACCCUCAGAAAGCCCUAACGAACGGCCUGUUCUGCCCCUGUACCCCAAACCCAGUGGCACUCCGCAGCGUCUGUGGCCAUAGCAACACACUCAUGUGUCUACAGACUUUUACAACAAUCGCCAUGGUGACGGCUUAUGGCCUCUACAUGGAAAUGACUCCUGCAGGGGGAUUGAGGCUCAGAAAAGCCAGAGAAAUGAUGGACUAAACUUUAUGUCUUAUUUGAGAGCCGUCUAGAUCAAUGCACAUCACUAGAUCUAGAUGUCGGUCAAUUCAGGCAGUAUUUCUUUCCUCUCUGAUACAUAGUAAUUUAGUAUCCUUAACAUUUAAUUUUUUCAUGGAUAAUAUAAGUAAAUUACACAAAUGUCCUGAAUAUGGACUGACAUGUGGAUCUCAUACACCUAUGAAACUUGAUUAUGCUGCAAGACAAAACUAUUAAAAAGAAUUAAUUAAAUCUGUUUCUUUUUUGUGUCUCUUCACAUAAAUAAUUAUUUAGAGCAAUUUUGUAUAACAAUGUCUCUUUAUUAAUGUUAAUUGAUGAUUUAAUUGAUGAAUCCAAUGAAUUGCUAAAUAAAAUCUGCACUUUAA